AUGCUGAUGGAGGAUAUCGAUGAGAGGGUUGGCUUGCAUGAAGGGGAGGCCGCCCUUCAUGCUGCUGAGAAGACCUUCUAUGAUAUUCUAGGGCAGCCUUUGACAAGCACUGGUAGGGCCACUAGAUUUGGUUUCCCUGCCUUGCAAAUCAUAAGAGGUCCUGAGGAUGCAAAGGGGUUUGAUAAAUUGGUCAUCUAUUUGGACAGUGACAAGCUCUCCAUCUGCAGACUGACUACAAAGGCAAAAGAAGUCGAGAAGAGCAAAUGUGCAGUAUUUCAGAUCACAGACCACAGGAACAAUCCAUGUACCCAAAACUUGGGCACCAGGGAAGGGAGAAGCAGUAAACAACAUGCAAAUACGAUUACUUGCGAAAUAAGCCAAAACAGAAAGUUUGACAGACAUCUGCUUUGGUAUCGUCUCGAUUGUUUUAACGAAACAAGAAGCCUACGAGAAUUGAUGGCAAAGCAAGCAAGUAUGAAUUCAACAAAAGGUCAAAGCAAAGGACCAACUCAACAGAAGUCGCGGGGUAAGAGGCAGAUCAACAAAGAAGUGGUUGAUCUCAGAACUCUCCUCAUCCACUGUGCGCAGGCUGUAGCAGCUGACGACCGUCCGUUGGCCACUGAGCUAAUCAAGAAGAUAAGACAGCACUCCUCACCAGAUGGAGAUUGCAUUCAGAGGCUGGCCUUUUACUUAGUGGAUGGCCUUGAGGCACGCCUGGCUGGGAUUGGGAGACAGGUGUACCUCAAGCUCUUGACGAAGCGAGUAACUGAUGAAGAAUUGUUUAAGAUCUACAACCUUUCUCUUGCGGCUUUCCCUUUGCUCAGGGUAUCAUACACCUUCGCCAACCGAACUAUUCUUGAAGCCUCCAGGGGGCAACCGAAGGUGCACAUCGUCGAUUUUGGCAUGUGCUUUGGCUUACAAUGGCCGUCACUGAUCCAGAAGUUUUCUGAGCAAGGAGUGCCUCCAAAGCUCCGGAUUACAGGUAUAGAUGUGUCUCGACCAGGUUUCGGCACCUUGGAGAUCACCGAGCAGGCAGGGAAGCGGUUGGCUGAUUAUGCAAACAUGUUUAAGGUACCUUUUCAAUAUCAGGGCAUUUCCUCACGAUAUGAAAACAUUCAGAUUGAAGAUCUCAACAUUGAGGAGGGUGAAGUGCUCAUAGUCAACAGUUUGUACCAGAUGAAAACUCUGGGUGAUGAGACAGUAGCCAUGAAUAGUGCAAGGGAUAGGGUACUAAAAAUCAUGAGGAGGAUGAACCCAAAGGUCUUUAUUCUCGGCGUUGUGAAUGGAUCAUACAGUUCUCCCUUCUUUAUAACACGCUUCAAAGAGCUUCUGUUCCAUUACUCCUCAUUGUUCGACAUGUUUGAUACAAAUAUUCCACGGGAUAAUGAAGAAAGAAAGUUGAUAGAGGGGAGAUUGUUUGGGCGGGAAAUGUUAAACAUCAUAUCAUGUGAGGGCGCAGAGAGGACUGAGAGGCCAGAAACUUACAAACAGUGGCAAGCAAGGUGCCUCAAGGCCGGGUUCGAGCAGCUUCCUGUCGAUCCAGCUAUCUUGAAUUCAAUACUAGAUAUGACGAAAGAGAUUUAUCAUGAGGACUUUGUUGCUGAUGAAGACAGCGGCUGGCUUCUACAAGGAUGGAAAGGGAGAGUGAUGCACGCAAUAUCCAAAUGGAAGCCCAAUGAAUCAUGUACUGAUCAGUAAAAGAUUCAAACAGUUCCCUUGUGCAUUAGCAUUAUCUUGUUAUUCACUCCUGAACACAAUGUGUCCAGAGAUGUAAUUCUGAUUUUGAUACUCUGCAUGUUUUAUAACAAAGGAA